AUGACUGUUGCCACUCAAGACAGCGCCAAUUCUCCUGGCGGACUCCACGAUGGGGCACACACAGGAUGGCUUCAUCAUUUGAAGUUCCACCACAUUUCUCAGAGUUUUUCCCAAGUCGGACGCAUCGUUACCACGAUACACAAGCCCCUUCCUGAGCCAGACGACCAUUUAAACCACAUUCCUCUCACUUUCAUUUCGAUUUCCCCCGAGUGUUCACAGCGUCGCUGGUUCAAGCCCAAAGAGCUAAAGCCUCCCGGCCAGCUUGGAGUUCCCGCUUUUGAUGACGGUCCAGAGCCCGUGCACUCGCAUGAUGCCCCAGAGACAAGUCCAGUACACGACAGCGCUGAGCACAAGCUAGAAGAGCUAAGGCCGGGAGACCUUAGUGACGAGAAUCCAUUCAUUUUCGAACGCGAAGCCGAUCACGUUCUCCAGUACCAAGUUGCGCGCACGGCAAAAGCCUUGGUAUAG